CGAAAGUGUCUCGAUUCGCAAGCAAUAUAAACAUUAGUUAUGCUUUUAUCAACUAUUUAGCUCUACACUUUGAUAGGAGCCAGGUUAGGACCGCUAGCGCCACUAGUAGUUGUGAAUGACUGUGUCCAUGGUGUCAGUCUCUUCAAAGGACAGUGAAGUGGAGGUCGUCAGGACAGUCACCUGGUCACUGAGUGUAGUUUAUGGUCUUAUCCAUCACACCGCAAGUAACAUACUACCGGUAGUAGUUCUACACGCUGCCGAACCUAUGUCAGUAUGUGGCCUCCUCCUCUUCGAGUUCUGACCGCCACUGGACGAUGGUGCUGCUUGUAGCUCUGCGGAGAUCGAGAGUGAACUCAGUGAAGCGUGUCCGAAUGGUGUGAUCCUCAACACCGUGUGCAUGUGGGACUCUAUCGUCUGGAACGAUACCGGAAAGGAGUAAAUCACGUGAGGAAUCGCACAUGCGCCUACAAUAAUGUAUCCCUACGCCAUUGCAAUUUUCAUUGGAUCAUAGAGGAUAUGGUCGACGCUGUGCGAAAUCAGCUAACUAACUUACUUGCCUGAAGAUUAGCAUUUUCGCGGAAUGAUCCGAAAUAGAAAUGCCCAGUGACCGUUUGUCGAAUUUUAUGGUGGGUGUGUUAGCAUGUCUGAUCAUUCUCCUGCCACCGAUCUACCAUUCAUGGACAAGCCAGUGCCUUUGGCCAGCUUGGGACCAUGCUCGAGCCUCAGUGGCUUCCGGACCAGCACAUCAACGACUGUCCCCAUCUCGGACAAGCAGGAUGAGUGACCAUUCGGCCUCUGAAAGCUCAUCUAUUUGGCAAGCCAAGACCGUGCAGUGUUGGCUAGACGCUAAGGCAGCGGGCUGCUCGGAUGGAUUCGAUGUGAAGCACGUCCACUACGCCAAUUAUGAAGUGCUCGAUGGUGUCCUCAUUCCAGAGCUCAUUGACAUAAAUGCCACACACAAGCUGCAUUCAAAGCACAGCAAGCUCCUGCGUUCCAGAUUCAUAAAGCGUGUACAGCCAUGCUGUACUCCGGCUUUGCUCCAACCCAACGCUACAACAUGGCAUGAUGCCGCCAAGUGCCUGAGACCGAUUGCCUUGGCAUCAACGGCUGCUGGCGGAGGCGUGUUUGUGCGUCGGCUGCUGGAACAGUUGAGUGGCGUGCUGACGGGAAGUGUCUACAGGACCGACUCGCAUCUCCGUCGAGAGGGGUUCUUCGCCGAGGGUACCCAUGACAGCUCCGUUAUUGCAGUGGAAACACACGCGCACAACUCUACAUCCUCCGUUUUCCGCCGUCUCACGUGCUCGGAUGUGAAGCGGGCCAUAAUCGUGCUGAGCGACCCUUUUGUGACGAUACGCGCCGACUUCAGCCGCUGUGUGAAGCAGACUGGCAAAAUCGGUGGAGGCAAGGUCUCCUCAAGCACACCACGUUGCCGUGCAGCUACAUGGGAUGAGUUCGUGGCUGACGGAGCUGAGCGCUGGGUUCGACCGCUGGAGAAAUGGCUUAGCUGUGACGUUCCAAAACUGGUACUAUUCCUAGAGCAGGUGCAAAGCGACCAUGUUCUGAAGUAUUGCAAGGAGCUUGCACAGUUUGUAGGGUUUCAACUACCACUGAAGAGAGUUGAAUGUGUCGGCAAGAACGUGAACCAGCUUAGAACUGAGGAAAACGAGCAGCUAGUGCCAUUCCAGCGCUACACGACGUCUCACAUUGCACUUAUCAAUGAGCAACUUGCUGCUCUGGAUAGGCUCUAUGCAGGCAUCAAGACGCGUUACAGCAGAGACAUUGAUUAGUACAUCUGAUGAUGUACAAUGACACAUUCAUGUUUGCGUGCGUGUGUGUUGGCAGCCAUCACGUGACGGCAGCAGCAUGCUUGGUGGUGGUGUGCACUGUCUAUUCUGAGCCCUGCUGUUGGGGAUGAUCACAGCUCUGCUACUACUGCAAGCGCAGGCAGGCACGUACUACUCACUAUCACUGAUCAACCAUCAAACACAUCGCUUCGGAUGGAAACAUUUUAUUGGAACAUCUUCAAGCCAAUUAAUCAGAUAUUCACAGCAUAAUCAUUCUACUGCCAGGAAAA